AUGCCACACACAAAGGAUCUCCUUCAUUCCUCUCCAGAAGAGGAGAAGUGGAAACACAAGAAAUGUCUGGUGCAGAGCCCCAAUUCUUACUUCAUGGAAGUGAAAUGCUCCGGAUACUGUAAAAAGACAAAGGUCUUUAGCCAUGUACAAAUAGUAGUUUUGUGUGUUAGUUGCUCUACUGUCCUUUGCCAGCCUAUAGGAAGAAAAGCAAGGCUUACAAAAGGAUAUUCCUUCAGAAGGAAACAGCAGUAA